UCUCACUACAAGUCGUUACCAUGGAUACAAAUUGGAUCCCAUGUGAUUAUAAUUAAAAGCCUGCUCAGCAUUAUUUUCUUUGAUAAACACAAGCCACAAGCGUAAGCCUUCUUGAUGACUGGAUAAAGUGUGUGGAGAGAAGAAUCCAGAUGUAAAGUACAUCAUGUGUGACAGUCGAGAGUUUUGUCGCUCAUCUCGUGACUCCACUAUUGGGAUUAAUUUUGAUGCCCUCGGAGAUGUGGAACAUUUCGAUCAUUUGUCUGGUGACCUUUACGACCUCUACAAGUCUGGGGAGUAUACUGACGUCACCUUCAUAGUAUCAGGAGUGCAAUUCCAUGCUCAUAAGAUCAUUCUAGCUGCCAGAUGUGCUUACUUCAAGGUCCUCCUGUAUGGCCGCAUGAAGGAGGCUAGCUUAGGCCCCGAGGCUGAGAUACCAUUCAAUGACACCACCCCUGAAGCAUUUGCAGCACUGCUGGAAUAUGUCUACUCAGGGAAACUGGGUUUGGCCGAUCUUUCAGAAGAAGUGGUGCUUCAUCUACUAGGACUUGCCAACAAGUACGACUUCAACACUCUACAACAGACAGUGACAGCGUACCUCAAGGCCACCUUAUCUGUGUCCAAUGUAUGCAUCAUCUUUAACGUGGCUAGCUUCUAUCAACUGAAGGAUCUUAGUGCUGCUUGUGCCGCCUUCAUCGACAUGCAUGCCCCAGAGGUCAUGAAGUCAGAUGGGUUCAUUCUACUCUCACAAUCUGCACUCUGCGAACUAUUGGAACGAGAUUCUUUCUAUGCACAAGAAUUAGAUAUCUACCACGGGCUACUCAAGUGGCUGGAUCAUCAGAAGGAGAAUAAUGUGGAGGCUAGAGACUUGCUCAAGCUGAUACGACUACAGCUCAUCCCUAUGCCUAGUCUGCUCCAAGAGGUGCGGCCAUCAGGGCACUUCAGACCAGAUGAUAUCCUUGAUGCUAUCUGUGUAGCAGAGAAAGGCCCGGGAACUGAGCUCCAACAGAGAGGAAUGCUGAUUCCUGAUGAGAAUGUGGCGACUCCUCAUCGCAAUGCCUGCACUAUUGAGGGAGCUGUGAGAGAUGCUCUACUGAAUGGUGACACAGAGAACUACACUGGUGAUAAUGGCUACACCAUUCACUCCAUCACUAAAGACAACAGCAAGGGCAUCACUGUCCAGUUCAACCAACCCUAUCUGGUCAACUGCAUCAGAAUGCUCUUAUGGGAUAAGGACAACAGAUCUUACUCAUAUUUCAUUCAAGUAUCUCUGGACUGUUACCACUGGGUCACUGUGGUGGACAGGAGUGACUACCUGUGUCGCUCAUGGCAAGAGUUGCCCUUUCCCACUCGAGUGGUUCAAUAUGUACGAGUGGUGGGAGUGCACAACACUAUGAACAAGAGCUUCCAUCUUGUCUCCUUUGCCUGCCUCCACUCCUCCAAACCAUUCCAACUCUCACCUAAAAACCUCAUCAUACCCACUGAGAAUGUGGCGUCCAUCAGUGCCAGUGCCACAGUGCUGGAGGGUGUGAGCAGGUCACGCAAUGCUCUCCUGAAUGGGAACACUAGAGACUAUGACUGGGACUCUGGCUACACCUGUCAUCAGCUGGGGUCAGGGUGCAUCAUGAUACAACUAGCACAACCUUACCUCAUAUCGUCCAUGAGGCUGCUUUUGUGGGACUGUGAUGAUCGGACCUACAGCUACUACAUUGAGGUGUCUAAUGAUCAGAAAUCCUGGACUAAAGUGGUGGACAAGUCGAGUGAACCGUGUCGAGCUUUUGAGCUCAUUCUGUUUGAAGCCCAAGUCAUCACUUUCAUUAAGCUAGUGGGCACACACAACACGGCCAAUGAGGUGUUUCAUGUGGUUCACUUUGAGUGUCCAGCCAGCACUCUUUCCCCUGUCAAGUCAAGCACAUGUUGAUACACCUGUCAAGUCAAGCACAUGAUAAACUGAUCACUUUGCCUGCCAACAAUGUUUGUCUCACUACACACAUUUUUUGAUUUCUGCAAUCACUGCCUUGCUAGUGUAUAAGUACGUGUACGUGUUUAUAAUUUUAUGAGACUGAAAUUCUGUGAAGAGUGUGGUCACCCUCCUGGGCAGUCUCUAUACAAAGGGAUUGUCCUCGAGGUCAAGCCGUGUACUGUUCACUUUUUCAGCUUAUUGUAAAAAUCGACCCCUACCACA